UUUUUAAUGUUUCCAUUUCGUUCGGUAUAAAUUGCACCAUUCAAAGCACGCUCUUACAUUGAUUUACAAAGGAUGAAACAAGUCCAAUAUUUGGCACAAAACAAUUCCAAAACUGUCUAGUUUUAUUUACACAUUGUGCAAGUUAAAAGCACUGUUGCAACACUAUUGGCUUUGCAUAAUCGCAUUAUAAAGUCCUCCAAAGGCGCACAUCUGCGCAGACGCGAGUCUGUCUGCCAGCAUUUGAAACCAAAACAGGAAGUCGUAAGUAUUGUGGGACGUGUAGUUCCGCUUGUAGGCCGCUGGUCUGGAUAACAGCACACGAAGGAACCAAACAAAACAAAAUUAGGGAAACUUCCAAGGGACUGCAGUUAUACUGGUGCAUCUUUUACACGAUUAUGCCCGGCUUCACGUGCUGCGUGCCCGGAUGCUACAACAACUCGCACCGGGACCGCGAUCUGCGAUUCUACACCUUUCCGAAGGAUCCCACUCAGCGAGAGGUAUGGCUGAAGAACAUUUCGCGGGCCGGUGUGAGCGGCUGCUUCAGCACUUUCCAGCCCACCACCGGACACCGGGUCUGCAGCGUCCACUUCCCCGGCGGCAGGAAAACCUACACCAUUCGCGUCCCGACGCUUUUCCCUCUGCGCGGGGUGAACGAGAGGAAGAGCAGGCGAGGAAGGAGCAGGAAGGUCUCCGAGGUCGUGCCCAUCAUCAGCAACGUUGUUUCCAACGCUAACGUUAACGAGUCAGCGCCAGUGGAGGAAGAGGGGGACUCCGAGAACACCACCGUGGUGCAGAUAGGUCAGAACGGCCAGUACAUCACCGCCGUAGACCUCACACCUUCAGGAGACGGCUCCUGCCUCGCAGCGGUGGUCUUGGGCUCAGGCGAAAACCUGUCCGGAGGCAGCGCACCGUGCCCCGUGGCCGAUCUCGCGCUGUGCGGGGUGGACCACUCGUACUCGCUAACCACCGGCACAACGCCCGCUGAGCUGCUGAGGAAGCUGAACGAGCAGCGGGACAUCAUCGCGCUGAUGGAGAUCAAAAUGAAGGAGAUGAAGAACACCAUCCGACAGCUGCGCGUCAACGAGGCACGGCUGCAGGAGGAGCUGCGGGAGCGGGACCGUCUGAUCUCCGCCAACACCAUCAUUAAGAGGAAGCUCUGACGAACGACGCAGAGAAACGACAGACUACAGACGCAAAGGACGGUCGGCGUUCGGUGCUUCUUUAAGAAAAGGCGACGACAAUUAAGCAUCAUCGUAGGUCUCAUUUCAACUUCCUCCAGGACUAAGAAGUAGUAGAUAGGCUUUGUGUGUGUGUGUGUGUUAGAGCGCAGAUCCACGAGUUCGUCUUGUGUGCUCGAGCUGUCAGGCACAGCGCUACACGGGGACUGAGAUGAGUUCAGCAGACUGGUCCU